UUGGCUGUAAGGCGUAGAGAGGGAUUGACAGGCCUGCCUGCUCAGGUGGAGGGGGUGGAAUGAGUUCAGAGAGACUAGGGUUUCUCAUAAGGAGAAUUUGAUGUGGAGAAUAUUGGAUGUGAGUCUCAGCAGGAAAAUAAGUCUCAUAGGAACUCUACGGGAACACAUCCUUUGGGCAGUGUGUCAUGUUGGAGCAGUGUACACCAGACUUGUAUUGAAACAAUCAAUGUCUGAUUGGUUUUAAAAGUGUGGUACAUUGGAUUCAUUAGAACUACAAGCAGAGGAAGAGAUUAUAUCUGGUUAUUGGUUUUUACAAAUCCAGCUUAAUUCAGGUGGAUUUGGUCCGAGGUAUUGGAAUUUACUUACUACCAACUGGAUUUGGAAAUUUACUGAGGAUAUAUGCCUGGCUUUCCUACAGGUAUCAAGAAAUCAGCUCUGCAGUUUCACUCACUGGAGUGUGGAUACAUAGAGGGAAUACAGGACUUAAAUAACUGCUAUAGAUUGCGGAUAUUAAGUGGAUUUUGACAGUAGAAGAUAUAUCAGAAGUUCCAUCUUAUACAGACCUGUGUUGGUAGGACAUCAAGGAGAUGAAGCUGAGACAAUAAAAACAGCAGAGAGACGCUAAAACCACUAAACCCAAGUUGUCCAAAGCCAAGCAGUAUGGAGUUACCCAUGUGUCACAUGCGGUGGCUGUUAUCCUGUUACCUGCUGUUGCCAUGGAUACUGGAAUCUGUCACACCAGAAGUGCUCCCAAGUUUUGUUGUGGAACCAGAGUCCCAAGUUGUGAAGAAAAAUGCAGAGGUGGUCUUAUCUUGCCAAGUGGCACCACCUACAGCUGAAAUUCGAUGGAAGUACAAUGGACAUUACAUUGAACCAAGUACUGAUGAUCGCAUGCAGAUCAGGGCGGACAAUUCCUUACAUAUAUCAGCAUUUAAGGCUAAAAGACAUGCAGGGACAUAUAUGUGUGGGGGGAGCACUCCCGAAGGAACAAUAUUAAGCAGACCUGCAAAGUUACAUAGAGCAAGAUUGGGACAUUUCACAAAUGGAGGUCAAUCUCGAGGCAUUGAAGUUGUGGUGGUGAAUGCAACAGAAGGCAACACAGCUGUGAUCCCCUGUGAAAUUCCCAAGGGCGAACCCACACCAGUUGCAAUAUUUGAGAUUAAUAGUACAACGAUAGAUAAGUCAACUGAGAGGUACAAGCUUCACCCGAGUGGUAACCUUCACAUUGGAGCUGUCCGGCAGAGUGACCAGGGCCUCUAUAGCUGUAUAGUGAAAAAUACCGUCAGUGGAAAGAAGAAAGAUUCAACAAAACAAAUACAACUCAAAAUAAGUACACCACUGGCUAACGUUGGUCCCCGUUUCAUCCUGCCGCCCCCUAAGAAUACUGAGGUCAUCCUGGGGAGUACCCUGACCCUGGAGUGUGCUGUGGGUGGCUCUCCUGUCCCCAGGGUAUCAUGGGACAAAUAUGGUGGACAGCUGCCAGAGGGGCGAUUUAGGCAAGAGUUUGGUACUCUGCUGAUAGAAAAUGUCCAGAUUCAGGACAUAGGGACGUAUAUAUGCAGCGGAGACAAUGAGGUGGACUCAGCAGUCACAGCUAUAGCAAUGGUGGAUGUGUUAGUCCCACCAGAGAUAACCAAUGCCCCCAGUAACAAAGUGGUGACAGUAGGGGACACCGUGACGUUUCAUUGUGAGACAUAUGGCACGGCCAGAAUAAAGACACAGUGGGUCCAUGACGGAGAGCCUGUACCAGACACUGAUCAGAGUAUACAGGUGCAAGACACCAGCAUCACAGUCUCCAACAUCCAGAUGCGCCACUCUGGUAUAUGGCAGUGCCUGGUUAGCAACAAGUAUGGUGCCACCUAUGCCUACGCCAUGUUGACUGUGAUCCCUAGCAACAGCACCACCAAUCAGCCACCAGGGGGCUCUGAGGGUGAAGAGGAAGGGACGUCUAGUUCUUCACAAAAUGGUGUCCUGCCUCCCACCAUGCCAGAGGUCCUGCAGAUAGAAGAGAACAUGGUUCUUCUGAAAUGGUCAGUGCCCCUGAACCUGCAGACCCCAGUGAAGUACUUCAAGGUCCAGUAUAAGGAGGAAGGGGUGUGGAAGACCCACGCUAACACCUCCGCCUGCUCCACUUGCAUGUUUUCUCUCCAAGGACUGCGCACAGGAAUUCCAUACAAGUUCAGGAUAGCUGCAGUGUACAGUAAUGGUGAGGAACUAGUCAGUCCAAACACUGAGAGAUUUAAGCUCCUGCAGGCACCUAAGAUCCCAGAUGACGACGGCAAUGUUCAGGACAUACAGCCAGAUGAUGGGCCAGUCUCCCCAUCCGCUGUUACCACCAGCAGCAGUAUUGCCAGCACUAACAGUGGCAGCAAUAAUGGUGACUCUAGCAACAGCAAUAUGGACGGCGUCAGCAGUAACAACGACCAUCCCAACAAACCAAUAUUCACUUUACGUCCAGCUAAUACUGAACGUAAAGUCGGGGAAAUGGCGGUGUUGUACUGUAUCGCUGAGGGUGCAGACGAGUUGAGAUGGAGGCAAGAGGGGCGCCCCUUGAGGCCAGACCCACGCCAUAUUAUUGAGGAUGGGUCUUUGAAGAUAUUUAAUGUGCAACCGUGGGAGUCGGGUGCUUAUAUGUGUGUGGCUGUCAAUAGAUUUGGGUUCUCCAUUGCUACUGCUCAUCUACUGGUUACUGGGAACGCUACUAUCAGAGAGCCUGCAUCAGUUGACAGAAGCCGAGACAAUCCUCGAUACAAACAGUCCACACUGUGCACCACCCAGCGUCAUCCCCCGACCACUCCCUCCAGCAGGGGCGAGAACCAAGGUCACCGAGGGAGCGGAGGGAGGAAGAAAGUUCCACCUUCGAGACCAGCGGUUACUCAGUUGUCGGACUCCUCCGUGAUGUUGGAGUGGAGCGUGCCGCCAAACGAUGGGCUGAGAGUGACGCUGUUCAGGGUCCAGUACAAAAGACACAAGAGAAGAGGGAAUAAGGGGAGGUGGAGGACAAUAGAUGAAGACAUUCCUGAUAACCAGUUCAGAUAUGAGCUUCGGGGACUUAGCUUAGGCCACUCAUACAAGUUCAGAAUUGCAGCCGUUUACUCUAACAAUGACAAUGCAGUGGGUCCCACAUCACCUCCUUUCACGCUUGUCGCUGGCCCAACCUCGCACCCCAGCGCCCCUGAAGUGGGCCCUGUCAUAGUACAGGUCAAACCAUCAGCAUACGCUAUGGAAAUUGAAUGGCAGUAUGCCCAUCACAUUGGGGAAGGGCCAAUAGACGGCUUCUGGAUCCAUUAUAAGCCGUACAAUGCUCCAGAUUCCCAGAGCCAGAAGGUGACUGUGCCGCCAGUCGAGACCAAGUACAGAAUCAUAGGGCUCACCCCUGAUACACAGUAUUCCUUUAAGAUGCAGUGCUUUAAUUUGGCUGGGGCUAGUGAUUUCAGCAAUAAAGUGGCCAUGAAAACUCUAGCUGCAGAUGGCAGUCAGCCUAUGUUCACCCCAUUCCCCACAGGUAUUCUGACCCCAGUCACGCGACCUCCGGGUAAUGGACUGGGCCCACAUUUAGAUGAUGGUCAAGAUGAUGUCAAAGAUGACAAUGCAGUGCCAGCCAAUAGCACACAGAAGAGCAAUGAGCUGCUGUACAUGGUGUUAGGGGUAGUCCUGGGCGUGAUGAUGUUGUUACUGGUCAUUUUCAUGGUCAUGUGCGCCUGGAAACAACGACAGCAGAGGAGGAUGAUGGCAGCUGCUUUGGAUGCAAAUGCUCGCUACAAAUUCCAAGACCCGUCGCAACGAAUUCACAAUGACAGCAUGCGAGCAAAACACGGCAAUGGCUUCCUCUUAAAUGGCCUGAAUGGGAAAACCCCUAAUGGACAUUUGAGCAAUGGACAUGCAGGAAAUGGCCAUAUUCCCAAUGGCAAUGGCAAGAUGAAUAUAAAUGUGAACCCAAUGACGCAGCUUGAGCCUCUGCAUAACAGUGAUAAUGAAGAAGAAGCCAUAUCUGAAAAUGAGUCAAAUCCUGAUGAUCCGUACACAACACAGAGUACUCUACCUCAUCGUCCACUGCAGACUUUUGGUUAUCCUAACGACAGUAAUUAUAAUACCUUAGAGAGAAAUCCCUAUCCAUCAUACCAUGAUAACAAUACAGAACAUAUGAAUUCCAAUAUUCCCCAAUCACGUGAUCAUAUACCUAGUGACCCACCUGACUACAGUGCCAUCAGGUUACAUAAUAACUAUGUCCACAGGUCACAUGACCACAUAUCAGGGGUCAGAGGUCAGACCCCCAGGUCACAUGAUCUCGGUACAACCAGUGAGCAUUCAUAUCCCUCUCAGGGCUCUGCAAAACACAAACGUAGGCGAAAGCGUCCCAGCAGAGAGCAGCAGUCCCCAUAUACAGGAACACAGAUGAAGGAUCAGGCCACCAACACUGAUCUCAGUAGUAAUGAAGGCACAUUAGACAGCAGUUUUACAUAUCCAUCACAAGAGGGCCACCAUCAAGACAGGACCCAGCCAACACCCAUACCUCAUUCAGACUAUAGGCACUCGCCUGACAUGUAUUCUGUAGAAUAACUUUGUGAUUUACUAUUCUCCAGUAGAGAGGCAUUUCCUCUGCUAAAUGUUACUUCCAGAAAGGAAGCACUUCUAAAUUACAUGAGGUCCUCUUCAUACCAAUGCUAGCUACCUAAAACAAUCGCAAACAGAUGUGGCGUCAUUUGUCAGGGGCCUGCUGUUGCGUUUAGGUCCACUGGUGUGGAAUACACAUGGUGGCUAUUGUUACGGGUGUUCUGGUAGAUCCUUAAAAAGCCUUCAGUGGUUACUUCUGUGUGAUGGAACACAUAGUAAGAGAUGCAACCUAGUUUCGUACCAAGAAUGAAGGGAAAUCCUCUUAUGUUGAGGAAAUACCAUGUUAAAGAGGCUUCAUUUGCCGAUUUGGGGAGAAGUGCUAUUGGAAGGUACAAGGUUUGAAAAAAAUACAAGGACAUUUUUUAUUUCAAAAGGGGGAGCUUGUUAUUGGAUCCAAUGUAAGUCUUCUUUUGGACCAUGUAGUUACCAUGACAACACCAGAUGUGUUCUGAAUGUAGCAUUGUAAACUAUUAUUUCUGUAAAAACUGCUGUCAUUGUAUGAUGGGAACUUCUUGAAUUGAAUGGAAAACUAACAUCACAUAAGCUGAUAUCCUUACUGAAGCUUCUUCUUUGUGACUAUUGUCUUGGUCAGAUUGUAAGCAGAAUACCUAUUGUAGCUCAGCAUGCAUUUUGAAGCUGUAUUCAUAACACGACAUGUGGUCAAAUUACUUGGAACACUAUCUACAGCUCUUUGCCAUUUAAGUGAGUUGAACGGUUGGCCUUCUCUCUGCAGGACUCGUUUUCCUGAACUUUUCAGAAAUGUCAUUUUUCUGCUGUGGGAAUUAUGGCCACCAUAGGGAUAUGAUGACAUUGCUGGAAUAUUGAAAAUGGAGAAGUUCUGAAAUGCGAAUAGAAUGGUUUCUUUCUUGUGAAGGUUUAACAGUUAAUAUUUUUGUGUAUAAAGAAACAAAACGAAACAAAAAAAUCAUGUAAUUAAUAACGUAAAAAGAAAUGGAAUUUGAGAUUAUAUUAUGUUGAUUACUGAAAGCGGUUGUCUUGAAGAAAAGCAAAUACAGUUCCCAAGAUUUCAAUCAUAUACAGUUUAUACUGAAUGUAUACCAAGUCAGUAUUGUUUCAUGUUAUUUUUCUCCCACCGUCAGGGUACAGAGAGAAGUCGUGUACAGGGUUUGAAAUUUAUGAAUAGCAUUAGCAUACAUUAUUGUAGCGUUCACUGUUGAAAGGAAGCUUAAAACCAUCAAUGUCAGGCUUUCAGUUCCUAGGAUAAUAUUUAUGUUCCAUUGUUUUGGUUGCUAUGGAAGUUAGGUGAGAAAUGUAAGGAGCAGAGCUCGGAUGUUUUUUCUUCACAAUUUUCUUCUGGGGAUUACACAUCCAUGUCUGUCCUUGGGAACUUAAUGGUAAGAAAAAAAUCAUCUUUUUAAUGUGCAAUUCCAAACACAACGUUUUGUUUAACUGGAGUUUUGUAUAUUUAUAUGUGGCUUCUUUAACUUAUUUGUAGUAUUUGUAGGUCUGAAAACUUUUUUGAUGGAAGUGAUUUACCCAGCACUGCGUAUAGAGCUGUUCUUAGUAUAGAUUACUGAUGUGUUACAAUAUAUUAAAUGAAGUUUCUUGAUGUCAGUUUUUAGCAUAUUACUUAUUGGACUAUUAUAUGUUUACCCAAGAAUUUUACAGUCCAGUAAUGCCAACUAUUUUACAAGAACCGGGCUUUGACAUGCCAGUUGACUAUAUACAAAUAAACCCAAGUUACACGUUGUCUUUAUAACUCACAAGUUGCAUCUUUUCUACUCAGUUCUGUAUGUAAAUGUUUUAUUUAUGAAUUUUAGUGAACAACAUGACAUGAAAUUUUGGUUACUUAAAUCAAGGAGGUACAAGAGACUUCUUUGCUUAUGUGCUUUAUUUUGUACUUAGAUUGAUUCAGGUUUGAAUGAGCUAAUGACUGAUUAAUUUAUCAGGUUUAUUAGUGGAACAAGACCUGGUGAAUGUUAGCAUUGAAGGUGCUGUUGUAUUAUAGAGAGUGUAAUAUUGUAUGUAAAUUGUAUCUAUUUGUAUCUAUUUGUACAAACUAAAACAGGGUCCACUGGAUGUAUUUAACAAGGUACAUCUGUGUUAUUAUUGAAUGUGAAAUUUUGUACAGAUUUUAUCUGAUUUUUUUUCUUUUCUUUAAGUUAUAAGGUGAUGAAAAUGUAGUAUUUGACCUUUAUCAUGUGUCUACGCAUAUAUUGGCAAGUAAUAUAAAGGCUUUUACUUUUGUUUCUUAAGUGGCAUGUAGGUGAUAAUGGGGUACCGUACAAGACAAAAGGUAGAAGUCCUCAUGGCGUUACCAUUGAAAGACAUUGUGUAAGGGACACUUGUUUGCCAACAUAAAUAAAUUGUGAAUUGUAGUAUUACAUUUGCAUUUUUAUCAACAAGAUCUUUUUUUUUUUUUUCAUUUUUCGAGUUACUUUGAAAUGUUUUGCCCAGGUGAACGCCAUUUUGUGAGUACCUUUGAAGACUACAGAAAGACUUUUUAUACCGUCGUUUUAAGGCAACAUACCAGGAUAUCAUGGCUUUUACUGUCACACGUGAAACAAUAGUGCAAAAUAUCUUGCCAAAAGAAAAUAAAUAUCUCAUUUCUAUAAGAAUC